AAUAUAUUCUUUAAAAUCGCACUUUGUACACUAAACUUGUAUAGUUUUAUAUUACUAUAAUUUCCUGUUUUAAUUAUAUUUUUAAAUCAUGAUUCCUAGAUUUUUUGGGUCUCUUUGUAAAAAUUUUGAUACUAUUUCACAUUUCAGGACUGAACUUAUUUACUUAACUAAUUAUUCUAAUUAUGGGUUGUUUUUUAACACUCUGAGAAAAUUUUCUGGAGAUUCUAAAAACACUAGUGACGAAUCUGAUUUUCCAGAUGAUAAGAACCCAUCUGACCCAAAAUGGAUGACAAAAUCUAGUAAAACUAAUAAACAAUCGAAGGAUUCAAAGGAGAAUCGUCCACUUCCUUUUAAUUUUGACUCAAAUUCAGAGGAUUUGACAGAAGAGCAGGUUCUCCAAAAGCAGGAAAUUAUUAAGGAACUUACCAGAAAGUUGAGUGGUCCUUUGGCAGACGAGAAUGGCAAGGUUCCUGUAGGUGAUCAAAGACCAAUAGCAAUCGAGGUUGAUGGUCCAUCACAUUUUUAUUCCAAUACUACAAAAUACACUGCCUAUACUAAGCUAAAACAUAGAUUAUUGACUAGAAUGGGUUAUAAAGUGCUCCAUGUACCUUUUUUUGAAUGGCGUCGUCUUAGAGGUGCUCGGGAAAGGGAAGAAUACAUGAGAGCUAAGCUAAAGGAAGAACCUACAGAGUGGUUAGAUCCUGAAGAUGAAGAAUUUUAUAAUAAAAGGAUAGAAUCCUUGAACAAGGAGCAGGAGUCAGCCCUAAACUCGGUGAACUUGACCAAUAACUAACACAUAAAAUCAUUUUAAUAUAUUUAAAGCUUAAA